AUGGCCAGACCCUGUGCUUUCCUGAUGGCCCUGGUGGUGAUGAACUACUGGUCAACCUGCUGUCUGGGAUGUGACCUCCCUCAGACUCAUGACCUCAAGAACAACAGAACCUGGGCAUUGUUGGAAGAAAUGAAGAGACCCUCCCUUGUCUCCUGCCUGAAGGACAGAAAGGACUUUGCAUUCCCUCUGAAGAAUGUAGAUGCCCAGCACAUCCAGAAGGCCCAAGCCUUCUCAUUCCUGCAGCGGCUGACCCAGCAGGUCCUCACCCUCUUCACCUCAAAAGACUCAUCCACUGCUUGGGAGAAAACCCUCCUAGAAUCUUUCCGUGGUGAGCUCUAUGGGCAGCUCCAAAAACUGCCAGCAUGUCUGAUGAAUCAGGGGAUUGGAGAUUCACAAGAGACUGUGAAGAAUUACUUCCACAGGAUCACUGUGUACCUGGGAGAGAAGAAAUACAGCCCCUGUGCCUGGGAGGUGGUCAGAGCAGAAGUCAGGAGAGCCCUGUUUUCCUUAAAUACCUUGCUGUCAAGAUUGGCUGAGGAGGAGUAA